UAGUUUAACUGGCAGAGCUGAGGCCCCGAUCCCAGGCGCCGUCCAAGCGAAAGAAUUCCCAGUACCCGGCGCCGGCGCGAUGUGGGUGUCGCUGCUGCUACUGGCUGCGCUGCUGCUGGUCAUCCUCGGCAAAGUUUACAAGGAGCUGUUCUCAGGCAGCUCCCCGAACCCCUUCUUGGAGGAUGUCAAACGGCCACCCGCACCUCUGGUGACCGACAAGGAGGCCAGGAAGAAGGUUCUAAAGCAAGCUUUCUCGGUCAACCGAGUGCCAGAGAAGCUGGAUGUGGUGGUGAUUGGCAGUGGCUUUGGGGGCUUGGCGGCAGCUGCGAUCCUAGCCAAAACUGGCAAGCGAGUUCUUGUUCUGGAACAACAUACCAAGGCAGGAGGCUGUUGUCAUACCUUUGGAAAGAAUGGCCUUCAAUUUGACACGGGAAUCCAUUAUAUCGGGAGUAUGCAGGAAGGCAGCUCUGAGCGUUUUAUCUUGGACCAGAUCACUGAGGGGCAGCUAGACUGGGUUGCCUUGCCCUCUCCCUUUGACAUCAUGGUACUAGAAGGGCCUGAUGGCCGAAAAGAGUUUCCCAUGUACGCGGGGAUGAAAGCCUACAUUCAGGGCCUCAAGGACAAGUUUCCCCAGGAAGAAGCUGCCAUUGACAAGUAUAUGAAGCUAGUUAAGGUGGUAUCCCGUGGAGUCAUUCAUGGUAUCCUGCUGAAGGUCCUCCCGCUGCCCGUGGCUCAGCUCCUCACCAAGUGUGGGCUGCUCACCCGCUUCUCUCCGUUCCUCCGUGCGUCCACCCAGAGCCUGGCUGAGGUCCUGCGGCAGCUCCCCGCCUCUCCAGAGCUCCAGGCCGUGCUCAGCUACAUCUUCCCCACUUACGGUGUGACCCCCAGCCACACCACCUUUUCCAUGCAUGCUCUGCUGGUUGACCACUACUUAAAAGGGGCCUUUUAUCCCCGAGGGGGCUCCAGUGAGAUUGCCUUCCACACCAUCCCUGUGAUUCAGCGGGCUGGGGGCGCUGUCCUCACAAGGGCCCCUGUGCAAAGCAUCCUGCUCGACUCAGCUGGGAAAGCCUGUGGUGUCACUGUGAAGAAGGGUGAGGACCUGGUGAACAUCUAUUGCCCCAUCGUGAUCUCCGAUGCGGGAUUGUUCAACACCUACGAGCGCUUGUUGCCAGAGCAGGCCCGCUGUCUGCCAGGUGUGAAGCGGCAGCUGGGGAUGGUUCGGCCCGGCCUGAGCAUGAUCUCUGUCUUCAUCUGCCUCCGAGGCACCAAGAAGGACCUGGGGCUGCCGACCAGCAACUACUAUAUUUAUUUUGACAAAGACAUGGACAAAGCGAUGGAGCACUAUGUCUCUCUGCCUGGGGACAAGGCCGCCACGCACAUGCCUAUUCUCUUCAUUUGCUUCCCUUCGGCCAAGGACCCAACUUGGGAGGACCGGUACCCAGACCGGUCAGCAGCGAUCGUGCUAGCGCCCGCCUCAUACGAGUGGUUCAAGGAGUGGCAGGACGAGCCCCAGGGAAAGCGGAGCAGUGCCUACGAGACCCUCAAGAGCUCCUUUGUUGAAGCCGCUAUGUCGGUCUUCCUGAAGCAGUUCCCACAUCUGGAGGGGAAGGUGGACAGUGUGACUGGAGGGUCCCCGCUGAGCAAUGAGUUCUACCUGGCGGCUCCCCAAGGGGCCUGCUACGGGGCUGACCAUGACCUGGGCCGCCUGCAUCCUGGUGUGAUGGCCUCCAUGAGGGCCCAGAGCCCCAUCCCGAACCUUUACUUGACAGGCCAAGACAUUGUCACCUGUGGGUUGGUUGGAGCCCUGCAAGGGGCCUUGCUGUGCAGCAGCGCCAUCCUGAAGCGGAACUUGUACUCAGACCUUCAGAAGCUCGGAUCGCGGAUCCAGGCCCAGAAGAAAAAGAAUUAGUUGGCUCAGGGAGGAGUCAGAGUAACUGGCACAUCCCCUGCCUCACCUGUGUUUUUCUGCAUUAGUUCCUUGAUCACGUAAAGCACUCUAAUUAUUGUUUCUCAUUUUUGGAUACAGGUCCAACACACAGGUCUAGCAUAGAUGGUGGUUCUUUAACUGAAGCUCCUUCACAC